ACACUUAACAGUUCACACUCGACACUCCUACUUGUUGUAAGCCACUAGCACAUAUUAUCACUUCAUAAAUCACACUCAUUACUCCCACUUUCACUUUCAUCAUAAUAUCUGUUGUUCUGUAUAUUUCUCACUUCACACUUAAGAUCUGCUCCAAUCACCAUUGAUAAAGCCUCUGCAUUUUCAGAGUAUUGAGAGUCCAGCUUGCCAUCAUGACCCCUAAACAUGGUGGUAGAUCCCGAGGCUCUAUGUCAAUAUUUAUUGUGCUCGGACUUUGCUGUUUCUGUUACUUACUUGGAUCUUGGCAAAAGAGUGGCUUUGGAAAGGGGGAUAGUAUAGCCAUGAGAGUGUCGAAGGUUGCCGAGUUGGCAGAUUGUGAUGUAAAGACGGAUUUGGAUUUUGAGCCUCACCACAAGUUUGUUGGGACUUUUGAAUCUCGUGAGGUGAUUGUUAAGAAGUAUAAGGCAUGUGAUGUCAAAUAUAAAGAUUAUACCCCUUGCCAGGAACAGGACCGAGCAAUGAAAUUCCCGAGGGAAAAUAUGAUCUACAGAGAGAGACAUUGCCCACCGCAAGAGGAAAAGUUGCGGUGUCUUAUUCCAGCUCCUGUAGGAUACACAACACCGUUCCCAUGGCCAAAAAGUCGAGAUUAUGCAUACUAUGCUAAUGUGCCUUAUAAGCAUCUGACUGUUGAGAAGGCUGGCCAACACUGGGUAGAAUAUGAAGGCAAUGUGCUCAAGUUUCCAGGUGGUGGGACUAUGUUUCCUCAAGGUGCUGAUGCUUAUAUUGAUGAGCUUGCCAGUGUGAUACCAAUUAAGGAUGGUACCAUUAGAACAGCUAUAGAUACUGGCUGUGGGGUUGCAAGCUGGGGUGCAUAUAUGCUGAAGAGAAAUGUAUUGGCAAUGUCAUUUGCACCACGAGACAAUCACGAAGCUCAAGUGCAGUUUGCAUUGGAGAGAGGAGUACCAGCAGUAAUUGGUGUGCUUGGAAGUAUAAGUCUUCCAUAUCCAUCAAGGGCCUUUGAUAUGGCUCAAUGUUCCAGAUGUUUAAUACCAUGGGGUACAGAUGAUGGAACUUCUCUGAUGGAAGUAGACCGUGUUCUAAGACCUGGUGGUUAUUGGGUUUUGUCUGGUCCUCCAUACAACUGGAAGACAUAUCAUAAAGUAUGGAAGCGGACACCGGAGGACUGCAAAGCGGAGCAGAGAAAAAUUGAAGAGCGGGCAGAGCAACUAUGCUGGGAGAAGAAGUAUGAGAAGGGAGAUAUUGCUAUAUUUAGAAAAAAGAUCAAUGCUGAAUCCUGCAAAAGGAAGCCACAGAACUUUUGUGAGACACAAGAUCCUGAUGACGUCUGGUAUAAGAAAAUGGAAACUUGUGUGACACCUUUCCCUGAGGUUUCUAGCUCAAGUGAGGUAGCUGGCGGAAAAUUGGAGAAGUUCCCCGCCAGGCUUUUUGCAACACCUCCCCGAAUUGCCAAGGGUUUAGUUACAGGGGUCACUGAGGAAUCAUAUCAGGAAGACAAUGCUAAGUGGAAGAAGCAUGUCAAAGCUUACAAAAGCCUCAAUAGAUUGGUUGGAUCAGCCAGGUACCGCAACAUAAUGGACAUGAAUGCAGGCCUUGGUGGCUUUGCUGCAGCAAUUGACUCGCCCAAAGUAUGGGUGAUGAACGUUGUGCCUAAUAUUGCCGACAACACUUUAGGGGCAAUAUAUGAAAGAGGUCUUAUUGGCAUAUAUCAUGACUGGUGUGAAGGAUUCUCUACAUACCCAAGGACGUAUGAUCUAAUUCAUGCUAAUCAUCUGUUCAGCAUGUACCAAGAUAAGUGUGAGUAUGAAGACAUACUUCUGGAAAUGGACAGGAUCCUACGUCCAGAAGGUGUCGUCAUCUUCAGAGAUGCAGUUGAUCCUCUAAUUAAGGUUAAGCAAAUAGCUCGGGGAAUGCGGUGGGAUCUGAAGUUGGUUGACCAUGAAGAUGGGCCUUUUGUUCCUGAGAAGAUACUUAUAGCGGUUAAACAGUAUUGGGUUGCGGGUGAAAUGAAUAGUACAUCGAGCAACCGGUGAUCCUUGAAAAGAACCAAAUGAUAACAUCCGGAUUACAGAGGCCAUCGAGGGAGAACAAGAAAAGGUGAUGAAGAUGUUGAGUUCUUAGUCACUGACAAAGAUGAAGGUGAAAGUUAAGGUAUUUUUGUUAAAUUAUUUGAAGUUAUAGGUUAAUCCACUAUCCUAUAGGUGAAAUUAGUAUUCUAGGUGGAGAAGUUGUAUUUUUGUGGGAAAGGCAUGGUUGUAAAGAGUAUGUAUGACCUUAACAUUAUGUGAGAUCUUAUUCUUACAUAUUAUCAGGUUGGAGAAAUGCAAAAAUCCACUUGAAAUACAACAUUGAUUUAACAAUGUGAGAUACAAUUGGAAAAUGAUAGUGCCACAAUAAUUUGUUUUUUUGGCCAUGAUAUUGCAUAAUUGUAUGAGCCCACUAA